AUUGCUACAAAAACCGCCAAGAACCAGGAAAAGGAGAAGACUGGAGUGUGCCAACAAGAACUUUGCCAGCUUCUAUCGAGAAAAUUCGAAUGAGUGUGAGGUGUGCCAUGAUGGAGGAGGGCUGUUCUGCUGUGACACAUGUCCAAAAUCCUUUCACAAGACCUGUCACAUCCAUCCUGUGGAAACUGGGAGGAACCCAUGGAGUUGCAUCUUCUGCAAAAUAAAGGCUAUCCAAGAGGAUUGCCAAGAAAGCCAGCCAUGCCAUCAGGAAUCUGAGAUCCUGAGCAAGUGGAUGCAGCCUGAGGAACAGCUGAAAUGUGAGUUCCUCCUCCUGAAGAUCUAUUGUUCCUCCAAGAGCCUCUUUUUCGCCAAAAAGCCGCGCUAUAGUACACAGAGUCCCUGCGCCCCAAAGAAGCCCAUGUGGUUGAACAAAAUCAAGAUGAAGCUGAAGAAGAAGAAUUACCACAAAGUGGGGGAGUUUGUGCAAGACGUGCGCCUCAUCUUUCAGAACCACAGCACAUACUACAAGAAUCAUAAGUUUGUCAUGUUGGGACAUCAACAAGAGGCCAAAUUUGAGGUGGAUUUCAAAGACCUAUUUGGCAUUCAAGAAACAAUAGUUGAACGCAUUACCCCGUCUGGAUCCAUUAUUCUCUUAUAGGAAUUGAUUUCUAUGGCCCACUGGAGACCCUCCAGCAGUUACUGGAUUCCUUGCCUGAGGCCCCAUCAGUCACUCUGCCUGUCCCAGUCAAAGAUCGAUCAGCAUGUUGUUAGGUACCAUUGAAUUGGCUCUGAAUCAUGGUGACCACGCACCACAGAUCAAAAUGUUCCUUGGUCUUGCCGCAUUAUCCCAAUGACAGAAAUGGCCUGAGCCCGUGGUUUUGCACUAUUUUGCUGACUCUUUACUUUGUCGACCAGGAUGCCUUUCUCCAGUGAUUGAGUCUUGAUGACAUGCCCAGGGUUACCCAGACCAACUCCUGCCAGGCUCAUUUCUAAGGAGCACCCUGGCUGUGCUUCCUCCCAAGCAGACUUCUUCAUUCUUCUGGCACCAUCAGCGCUUCUUGUUCCCACAUGGUUUGUCUGUGCGAUUCCUGCCCCUUUGUUUUUACAAAUCACUUAGGACCAAAUGGUCAACAGUUGCUCUCAAGCGUGGAGAAGAGGAUGGGUAUUGAGAGUCAAGUUCCCGAGAAUGCAACAACUACCAGGGAAAUAAUGAGAACAUUAACCAAUCUGAAUAAGGUACCCAAUAGAGAUUGUUACACGGGAAACUAUUUAGCUAUGUGUACUUUCACCAAAAAUACAAUAAAAUAUAUUUUUAUUUAGAA